AUGUUCGACCCUCUCUCCGUCCCCAACUUCCCUCAAGAGGAGCCCCCGUGGCCCACCAGGCCGCACGACCCUAGCGACGUCAUCCCCAACCUCCCUCGGCCUUCCCCAAAUCACGAGUCGCGCGGUCCUCCUGCUGGCCUCUACGGCAAGGAGCCUCAGAUCUACGGCCAGCCAGACUCAGGUCUCAUUUCCCCCCGCAUCAACCCUGCCUCCAAUGGCACCAACUUCGAGAGGAAAGAGCCGUACUUGCGCGUGAGGAUCACGACGCUGGACCGCAACAGGCGGGAUGUCCUCAUUAAAUUCGACGCGCAGACGAACCUCUCAAACUUCACCGGGACGACGUACCGCAACGUCUCGCGCUCCUAUUUCGAGUUCCAGCAGUUCUACGAAACCCUGAUCCUGAACAACCCGCAGACGAUCGUGCCCGCGCUGCCGCUCGCGCGCACGUCCGCGCCGACGGACGAGGAAGACGACCGGCUGGUGAAGAUCAUGCUUCAGCGCUGGUUCACGCGCGUGUGCGAGGACCCGAUCCUGAUACACGAAGAGGAGCUCCGGUCGUUCGUCGAGAGCGACUUCGGGUACCAGCCCACCCCCAGCACGCGCCGGAAGGCGUCGGGCGGGUUCAGCCUCAUGCGCCGCGGCGUGCCAGACGAGGACGAGGAGCUGCAGCGGGCGAGGUUCGAGCUGACGAAGCUCGAGGGCCAGUUCUUCGAGUCGGCGAAGGCGAUCGACAAGCUCGCGCGGGCGAGGAAGUCGAUUGCAGUGGUGAAGGCGGAGAUGGGCAAUAAGCUCGUGAACGUGUCGAGCACGGAGGCGCACCCGCCCCUCGGGAACGCGAUGCAGAAGAUUGGGAGGGUGUAUCACAGUUUGGCGGAUUUGGAUCAGGCGCAGGGGAUCAGCGAAUGUGUUAUCAUUGGAGACUCUCUGGGCUACCAAGGUCUUAACGCCCGGUCUGCCAAGGAAACCCUGCAGCAACGGACGGCGGUUUUGGAGGAAUACCAGGCAGCGGUCAAGGCCACCAUAUCCAAGCGGAGGAAUAUGGAGCGUUUGAAGAAUAGCAGCAACAUCAGCCCCCAGAGGGUAGACGAGGCACUGGAGGAAAUGGAAGAGGCGAACAAGUAUGAGCAGAUACUUGCGAGACGUGCUGAGGGCAUAUCCCAAAACCUUCAUCGCGCUCUGGAACGUCACAGGCGUAUAGUGACUGAAGACGUCACAGCUGCUUUGGUUGAACACGUCCGGUCGACCAUCAUGUACGAACGACAACAUCUGCGCGAACUCGAAGCACUUCGACCCGAAGUGAGCGCCGCGGACAAGAAACAUGUCCCCCAGAAGCCGGUAACCGCCCCUCGGCCUGCUUACGUCCCCCUCUCGAAGACUUCUCCAACCCACCCAUCCAACGUCCCGCCUCGAACCCACCGCGUGACCUCUUCCAUGAUCGCACCUUCACAUGCACCUGCUCCCUCGUCGCACACGAAUGGUUUCCCUCAAGGACCAUUGUCCGCCGGCCCAGCGCCGGGCCGCGCGCCCAUCCCACCCCAAUCCCCAGGAGCGGGUCCUUCCUCUGCUGCGACCACAAGCGGAUCCUUCGCGCGUCCUACCUCAGAUGGGCCGCCGCUCGGUGGAAGACUGGUGGACGGCACCAGGUCGAUGUUUGUCAAGCCACCGAUGUCGCCCCUUGCCUCCACCGGACCUCCGAAGCCUCCUGGAACCGGACUUCCUCCCGUGCCGCCAUCCAACCAGUCGGCACCCAUCUCGCCACUGCACGCGUCCGGCCCUCCAUCGGGCUCUUCGCACCCUCUUGGCGGCGGCGGAGACCCGCUGUCAGCGUCCACGUUCGUAUCGUCCGCCAUCCCCGGCCGUUCAAACUCCGUCUCCGCGACACUUGCCAACGACCUCGACCCGCUCGGGAUGGCGCGGCCCGCGUACAUGUCCGCGACGGUGCGAACGCCGACACGCCCACGGCUCGACGCUCGCGAGGCGGCGAGCAAGCUCGCCAACAUGUUCUAG